AUGCACGGGUGCGGCGACAAGAUGAAGCCCAACCAUCGUGUCUUCCACGUCACACUCCAACGCGACACGUGCCCGCCAGAAAAGCCGUCUGUAUCGCCGCUGCAGCUGGUCGAUGUACUCCGCCUCCAGCGUAGUCCAGAUGGGAGAUCCAUCGACCAGCCCUUUCUGCUGGAGCAGCCUUGGGUCGAGGCACCCCCGCAGCUGCAGCAGACCCUCUUCAUGUCGUCGCUCCGAGAUGUCGCUUGGCAACGACGGGAACACAUGCCACGGCGACAACGCGUACCGCACCUCACACUGGGCGUGACGCAGCAACAGCAACAGAGGCUCAUUCGCGCCGCCCAAGGCGACGCGUAG